GAUAAUGGUGGCCCAGUGUAGCGCAGCCGAAGCGGCCGAGCUUCCAUGUCCGCGCUAAGCCUGGGUCUCUUGUUCGGUGGCGCGGUGGUGGAGCAGGCGGCGGUGGUUGGCGGCGGCCGCAAGCGGCAGUUAUGAGUUCCCGGGAGUGCACAGCGAUGCCCCUGUCGCGGACGCGGUCCCUGAUCGCCAACAUGAAUGGCUCGGCGCCUUCGUCAGAGGCCGGCUACAUCGAAAAAAACGCCGCCAACAACAACAACUCUUCGGCGAACGGGCGCAGUCUGCUGCUGCCACCCAUGAAGAGCCAGACCAUCGCGGGCUUCAAGUUCCAGUCGAGCGUUCACAAGCUCUUCGACGUGAACCAGAACGGCGACUCGCCCGACAGCAAAGCGGUCGCCGUUUUCGGAAGCGGCGGCGGCGGCGCGGGGAAAACGUUGGUGGCCACGCCGGAGCAGGUGAUGCAGAUGUACAUGCACAAGCUGAGCCCGUACGAACGCCACGAGAUCAUCAACUACCCGCAGAUCUACUUCAUAGGCGCCAACGCCAAGAAGCGCCAGGGAGCGCCAGAAACCCCGAACAACUGCGGCUACGACGACGAUGAAGGUUCAUACCUCCACGUUCCCCACGACCACAUCGCGUACCGCUUCGAGAUGCUCAAGGUGAUAGGCAAGGGCUCCUUCGGCCAGGUCGUCAAAGCGUACGACCACAAGGAGCACCAACACGUGGCCCUCAAGAUGGUUCGCAACGAGAAGCGAUUCCACCGGCAGGCGCAGGAGGAGAUUCGCAUACUGGAUUUCCUGCGUCGUCAGGACCGCGACAACACGUUCAACCUGAUCCACAUGCUGGAACACUUCACCUUCCGCAACCACACGUGCAUCACAUUCGAGCUGUUGUCCAUCAACCUGUACGAGCUGAUGAAGAAGAACAAGUUCAAGGGCUUCUCCCUGCAGAUGGUGCGCAAGUUCACCCACUCGCUCCUGCAGUGCCUGGACGCGCUGCACCGCAGUCACAUCAUACACUGCGACCUGAAACCCGAGAACGUGCUGCUCAAACAGCAGGGUCGAUUGGGCAUCAAGGUCAUAGACUUCGGGUCGUCGUGUUUCGAACACCAAUGCGUCUACUCCUACAUCCAGUCGCGCUUUUACCGAGCGCCGGAGGUGAUACUGGGUGCAAAGUAUGGCAUGCCCAUCGACAUGUGGAGUCUUGGCUGCAUCCUAGCCGAACUACUCACGGGGUACCCACUCCUGCCCGGAGAGGACGAGGCCGAUCAGCUGGCCUGCAUCAUGGAGUUGCUAGGCCCACCGCCUCAGAAGUUACUCGACCAGGCCAAGCGGGCCAAGAACUUCAUCAGCUCCAAGGGCUACCCGCGCUACUGCACCGUCACUACGCUACCCUUCGGCGCCGUACUUCUAGGCGCGGGACGGUCUAGACGCGGAAAGCUGCGUGGUCCUCCGGGCUCCAAGGACUGGUCAAGCGCCCUCAAAGGUUGCGACGACCCAAUGUUCGUGGACUUCCUCAAGCGGUGCUUGGAGUGGGACCCCGCGAGCCGCAUGACUCCGGCGGCGGCACUGCGGCACGCCUGGCUCCGACGUAGGCGACCGCGUACUGCUAAAAAAAUUGGUAAUAAACACGUACCUUAA